AUCCCUCCACCUCCUCAUUACCGAGUCUGCUGCCCUUCCUUCUGGGAUAUUUCUCCUCUAAACUUAACAUGAGUCAGCAGCACUUGUUCAACACUGCCGGAGCUCCGACAGAAGUAACCAAACAUGCCCCCUGCCUUUGUCCGGACGGCUUUUUAAAUAUUUACAAGUUGGCAUGUCAGCUGUGAGGGGGAGAGGAGAGAGAUUUCCUGCCUCGGUCCGAGGAGCUCACUUGGGCUCGGAAGUGCAGCAUCACUGCUGUGAGCCAGGCGGGUUUUGUGCCCCGGGAAGAGAGCGCCACCCCAGGGAGCGCCCCGCACCUGAGGGUGCAGGGGGGUCCGCGGGUGACCCCACCAUGUGCCAGAGAGGGGACGAUGCCCCGUCCAGCCCCUACCGGUCCCUGCACGCCUCGGUGGGGGAGCGCAUCAGGAGCUCCAUGCUGUUCGGCAGCAGGACCGUCUGCAGGGGCUCCAGUCCCGGCUCCGGGGGGUCCGACAGGAAAGCCGGCUGCUGUGAGAAGUGCUCGGCGACCCUCGUGGCUCUGAAGAAGCAGGCGCUGAGCCUGGCCGUCCACCAUCACUUCUCCUGCAAGGAACCAAGCGAUCUCGCUGGAUUCCUUCACGACAACCUUCGUGUCCAGGGACGCAGCAACUCGGAGUCCAGGGAGAGGGACCGGGAGCUGGGCCAGUGUGGAGCCUGCGGUGCGAACAUGAGCCACCUGAAACAGGAGGCCAUCCACCUGGCUCUGAGUCGCGGCCAGGCCCUGGCCAGACCGCCUCACGAAGCCGGCCUUGGCGCCGGCGCCGUGCAUCAACCACGCAGCCAGACCUACGCCCCCCCGAGCCCCAGGACUCCACAGAGGACCCCUCAGACCCUGAGGAGACGGGGAGCCAAGCUCCCCAACCCGGACAUGGACCGCUGGGUGGAGGAGCAGCAGCAGCUGCUGGCCUACAAGUCUGCAUCCAACACUGACGGCGCCGCCAUGAAUCUUUACAAUCAGGCUGCAGAUGAGGCCACGCUGAUCUGCGGGGACACCGGCACCGUGCAGACGAGCUCCAGGAUCCCUCACAUCUCCAGAGUGGUGACCAUCGCCAACACUGCCGCCAUGUCGCUUCUGGCCAGGGCGGCCGAGAAGCUCAACCUGACGCUGAGGAAGAAAGGCCAGGCCUCUGAUCCAGCUCCCUCCCAUCUCUCCACCUGCUUCAGGGAGCUGGUCCAGAAAAACCCUCCGCCGGUGCCCCCCUGCCUGCUCCAAGCUGCCACGCGGACCAAAGACAUGCCCGAUGUCGCCAAGGUCAAAGUGGUGCUGAGGGUGAGCAGAAUGCUGGCGGACGGCCAAGGGCAGCCACCUGUCCUCCGGAUCGACCCCUCCAGGAGGAGAGUCACCGUGCUGGAGCCGGUCUCCAGGAACCUGCCGUACACCAGCAUGACCCUGGGAAGGUCGGGCAAGAGUCCGCUCAAGACGUUCAACGUGGAUGCCGCGUACUCUCAAGACUCAAGCCAGGCCGAGCUGAGCGCCGGCGUCCUGGCUGACGUCAUCCGCUGCGUGCUGAGUGGCAGCGAUGGAUGUGUCCUGGGCCUGGGGUCCACCGACGUGGGGUCCUGGUCCAGCAUGGUGGGGAGCGGCGAGAGCCACCAGAAGCUGGGGCUGAUUCCCUGUGCCAUCUCCUGGCUGUACAGCGCCAUCGAGCGGCGCCGGGAGAAGACCUGGACCGACCUGUCGGUGUCGGUGUCGGCCGUGGAGCUGUGCUGCGGAGAGGAGGACACGCUCAGGGACCUGCUGGGGGAGGUGGUCCUCUCGUCAGGCGGGGUCCAGGACAGCCCCAAGGCCCACGUUAGGAUCCAGGACGACCCGGUCUACGGGUUACAGCUACGCAACCACAAUCGGGUGAAGGCCCCCACCGCUGAGCGUGCCGCUUCUCUCCUGGACGCCGCCAUCGCAGCACGUCGACACGCUGACUUUAUUACAUAUCUGUGCGACAGCUCAAUCAUGUUCUUCACUCUGUACGUCCAGCCUCCUCGUACAGAAAGCAGCACCAUUGGGAAAGGUUCACGGAGCAUCACCAAGUUGACCAUGAUAGAUGUUUGUAGUGGCAUGAGAGGUGUGAGCAAGAACAAACCUCCUCACUCUGACCUGGGACCCAUCGUCUUGUCUCUUCUAAGUGGACAUAAAACAACUCCCAGCAAGAACAGUAAGUUGACGAUGCUCCUGCGAGACUCCUUGGCUCAUGCAAACUGCCACAUAACCGUGGUCGCUCAGGUUGCAGAUUCCCCGGCACAUCUUCAGGAGACCUUCUCCACCAUCCAGCUGGCGUCUCGGAUUCGCAGGACGCAGAAAAGGACAAAGCAAUCCACGUCCUGUUCUCCUCGAGGGAGGAGUUUGACCAAAGACAAAAAGGGAGCCCAGUCUUUGUCCCUGCGAGCUUUCCACUCCACGGACGAGGUGGACGCCGACAUCCGUCCUUUCCGGCUGCGCGGGGAACUGGAGCGCUCCAGCAGUGACCAGUCCUGCGACACCGUCAUCCAGAUCGACUCGGACGGCUUGGUCCAUUCAAAGGCGGCUACGGCGUUGGUGCAACCCGAGUUUGUUCCCAUCAUCCCGUCGCUGCACCCUAACAAGGCCGACUUGGACGAUCCGGAGUUCACAGCUCUCCUUCAAGAGCUUUUACGGAUCCCGAAGCUGCACGGAGGAAAGAAGAUGGAGGAAGGCGUCCAGAGGGAUAUCGAGAUCCUGACUGCGGAGAGGAAGCAGCCGGAGAGGGAAUGCCUCAAAUGUGACACGUUUGCUGAGCUUCAAGAGCGUCUAGGGUGCAUCGAUGGGAGUGAGCUGACGAUGGAUAUGAUCAAGUCCUCCUUACAAGGUGCUUCUUUGAAGAACAUUAUGACCAAGUCGCUUCCCCGAAAGGAAGCAUCAUCAGCGCCUCAGUCUUUGUUGACUCGGGGUUUGGGCUGCAAUCAGACCUCCGUCGGGGAAAAGCAGACAGAUGGUGCCCUCCCUGGAGACAGCUUUCAGAGGGAGGACUCGGGGCUGUACGACUGCGAGGAGUGUAGUGCAACCAGCUCCAGCGAAGAGCUGCUGAAUCAAAAUACCUGCCGUUCUGACCCCCCCACUUCUGGGGCCGUUAAGUCGGUUAACGAGAUAUCCUCCCGGGGCGUUGAUUCAAAGACUCAGGGCAAGGCUGCCGCCGGUUCCCCCGCGCGUCAGCCGUCUGAAAAACAAGAGAGUCGUGAUGCUGCUGACUGGUUCAAACCGGGUAAAAGGGCCUCACCAGUUGGCAAAUGCUCCCCCAUGUCCCCCCCCUCCUCCUUCUCCCCGGCACACUCCUUGGCUAAAAGUGUAAUACUGGAAGAUGUCUUGCCCAAUCGCACGGCAGAGGAAGUGAAGGAGAUGAAAGCCACCAUCACCGUGACCGUGCAACAGCCUCUGGACCUGAUGGGGCAAGAUGAGCUGGUCUUCUCCAUGGUGGAGGAGGUGACAUUCAGUGGAGCGUACGACACGGGGAAUACAGGUGGAAACAUAAUUUGCUUAAGAGACCCGGUCCAAUCACAAGGCCAAGGUCAAAGCAGCACCAGCUGCCAACCAAUUAGGAUUAUCAGCAAUGUUAGCGAUGACUCUGCAGCCGCAGGAGCAAACAGUGAAAAACCCCUUAAUCUAUCCAGGAGAGAGAAAACGGUCUUGCCUUCAUUUAUAAACCCCAUGUUGAUGAAUUCAGACGCGGACUGUGAUCUAGGUGGUGUCAAAGGAAAGGAAAGUCUUGAAAAUGUGAGCGUCAAAUGUCCAGGUAACACUAAAGUUCACGAGAAUGUAUCCAAGACACAGGGUAUCAAGACAAUGUCUUUAGUCGUAGAAGAAAAAGCUUUCGGCAUCAAACCUGCAGAAGACAGAAUGUGUGAGAAGAGACAGCAAAACACAGGCAAGAGUCACCCCAGAGACUGCAAGCAUGUCUGCACGACUAAUGAUCAAAGGGCCUCGGAGGGGGGAGGAAUCGCUUGCAGACAUGUCGGGAGUCUCCCCAAGAGGACUGGUGUUUCACCUGGUUGCCAUGAGAUCAUUCUCGAUCCCUCUGAAACGGGCAGUUUACCCAGAGUCUGGCAGAAUCCCAACCACCGAGGCAACAGCGCGAGGGGGGUGACAUCAUCCACGCCGUGUAGCCCCGGGGGGACGCUGGAGAGGGGGAAGGGCCGACAACACAUCCCCUCCCCUCAGAAACAUGGGAGGGAGUUCAAACAGGCCUUCUCCGAGACGUCGAGCCUCACGAGAAAAGCCAACGGCUCGAGUGGACGGCACAAGUCGCCCACCGAGGACAGCGGCAGGCUUUUCAGCUGCAAACUAGAGCAGCUGGCUAGCAGGAACAACUCUCUCGGCAGGAACCCGAGGGACUCCCCGACGCUGGAGAGGAGCGGCAGUAAAGGAUAUAGUGACGAGGCUUGGAAAGGAGGUCACAAAGGAAGUUACGAGGGGGACUUCACCUUUCCAAGGGCGAGCAGGAGCCCUCGGAAAACCCCCCGGUACGACCAGGGUCACCACUUCUUCCACCCCGAGACUCUUCCCCCACAGUCCGCUAAGAACAGUCACACCAAGCUCUUGGCGGUUGGAAAGCUUAAGAUAGGUAGCCCCAAAGUCCGUCGGACGUCCUCCCCGAGCAUGAAGAACCUGCAGCACCCCCUCAACCGCAGUGCCAGUCUUUCCCCGGACAGUAAAGCGGUCAGCUUUGAGCGCAUGUCCUCCUUUUGUUCUUCGUCCCCCCCGCGGUCCUAUCGCUCCAUCAGUCGGACGCCGAGCCAGAGCUCCACGUGCUCCUCUACGAAGUCCGUCAUCCAGGGCUUCGUCAACGGCCGGAUCUCAGACCUCCUCAAGGAGACGGCUCCCAGUCCCGAUCACACAGUCUUGCUCCCAUCGCCGUACAGCCAGGUGACGGCUCCCCGCUCGCCGGAUCACCUGGGCGGCCACGCCAGCGACACCACCAGCGUGCUGAGCGGAGACCUGCCGCCGGCCAUGGGGAAGACGUCGCUGCACUUCUCCAACCGGAGCAGCUUCGUCAGCAGCGGCUACGGCAGCAUGAUGAGGGACAGCGAGGCCGCCGGGAGCAGCACGUCCAACAGAGAUUCGGUCAGCGACCGCAGCGGCUCCCUCCUCAGCGAGGCGCGCAGCAGUCGGUCGUCUCGGCGGCACGGGAACACAGGCACUCCCCAGCGCCGUCUUUCCCACGAUGCACCGCCGGCUCUGAAACGUUCGGCGAGCGGCCUGCGGUCGCGCUGGACGGACCGAGGAAUCCCCGAGUCCUACGAGAUCAAGGUCUAUGAGAUCGACAAUGCGCAGAGGAUGCAGAAAAGAGCAGGUGCUGGCAAACAGGGCCGCGCAUGCUUCAGCGCCAGGCUGAGGUUUCUGGAGCACCGUCAGCAGAGGAUCUCCGAGGUGCGGCUCCGAUACAACAACCUGAGGAGAGAUUUGGAGGGGGCCAAGCUCAGCCUCAUGCUGGACGCCACCAAGUGGAACCGAGAAUUUGACUUGUGGCGGACGUUCGAGGUGGACUCCCUGGAGCACCUGGAGGCCCUGGAGGAGGUGACGGCGCGGCUGGAGAGCAGGGUCAACCUCUGCAAGGCCAACGUCAUGAUGGUCACCUGCUUUGAUGCUUCCACCAGGAAGCGACGGAAGAAGAGGAGGCGGAAGCUGCUCGAGCAGAGAACCUCGACAGGAGUCUAAACUUAAAUAUCAGAUAAACACUCUCCCGAUCGGUUGGUUUUUUUAUGUACAGCUGGUUCACUGUCACGUAAACGUUUAAGAUGAGUAUUUAAAAAUGUCUUGUCUACACUUAUUUUCACUCUAUGCACUCCAUAUGUUCUUUAGUGUAGUGUUGCCUCUUGCUUUAAACGAGCCAGGUGCUAAAUGUCCCGGUCCUGAACGGGGAUGAAUGAAACAUGCCAACAUCUUUUUACCGACUGCUUUUGUUACAAGACGUUCAUCUGUCCGAGCAUUUUUUUCUCUGUUUGUUUCAGGAUUGUGCAAUAUAUAUUUAAAGCCACCAGGUUAGCUCGGUGCAGCAUCUAAUGCAACCGAGAAGUUUUAGAGUAGCAAACAAGCGUAUUGUAAGCUUUCCUAUCCUUGUAAAGAAUGUGCUGGGUAUUAAAAA